AUGUUCUAUAGUGUGCAGCGAUCUGGAACCGAGCAUGGUGCCUACAAGAUAGGCCAGGUUGAGAACUCAACGUUAUGCGGUUACAAGAGCAAAGAUCGAAUGCCUUUCAGUUUGGAUGCGGGUAUAUUCGCUGUGUCGGGAUCUAUACACACGGAGACUCUGGAGAUGGAGGUCACUCUGGAAGUGUAUAAAAUGAGCUUGGGUAUCUUGAACGGAUACCCCAACCAGGAUUUCAAAGUCGAUCUGGAUCUAAAUAUGGUGAAGGGAAGGAUUGAGAUACGAUUGACUGCCUUUGAUGAAUUGUGGCUUGAUAUCGAUACAAAAGUCUUCCAGGUGGCCGAGAAUGGCUCCGGGCAGUUCAUAGAAUACAGGAAGGCUCAUCUCAUUCAAGAAAUGCCGGGUAUUAGGUGCAAACCUUGGGUUUCCAAUGGUGUCAAUAUUUAG